AUGCCGUUAAUAGACCUGUACCGUGAUCGGCCAGUUAUGUGGAAUUGUAGAUUGAAAGAAUAUAAAGAUCGCAAUAAAAGGCAUGACGCCGUUAUUGAAAUUGCUGUGAGUUUUGGCGUGGAGAAGGAAGAAGUUGAAAGAAAACUGAAAAAUCUAAUCUACACUCUGAGUGUACAAUUGGCCGGGCGUAAAAGUGCAUAUGAAAAGCUUUACGAAAAUUUCAAUUUUUUUGAUGAUUUAUCUGAAAUAGAUACAAACGAAUUGAAAAAUCUUGCCAAUAAACUAGUUACUAAGUAUCCUGACGAUUUGGAAGAGACGUUAGGCAAUGAAUGUAUUCAUUUACAUUGUCAACUCAAAGAUUCCUUAGCAAAUAUGGAAGAUGUACGCUCUGCACAAAAAAUAUGCAAUGUAUUGCAUUCAUGGAGUCUUCGAGAUGUUUAUCCGAAUGUGGACAUUGCUCUUCGUAUUUUUUUGAGUAUUCCGGCUACAAAUUGUUCAGGAGAAAGAUCUUUUUCUACUCUAAAAAGGGUAAAAACAUAUUUACGCGCAAGCAUUGGCCAAGAUAGACUUAAUGCACUUGCAUUACUGUCUAUUGAAGCUCAACUAGUCCAAGAAAUUAAUUACGACGACAUAAUUGACGUUUUUGCACGGAACAAAGCCAGGAAAAAGAAAUUUUCAAAUUGA